AUGAGACCGUCGAACACGAGCGUCACGGGGCGCUCCGGGGAGGCGUCCCCGCUCGAGGAAAUGCGCGUCGUGGUGGUCACUGACGAAGACGAGGCUUCGUGGCUCUCCGGAACGGCAACAGGCCUGAGCCCGAGCGUGCAGGGCCCGUCGCCGUCCCCGUACAAGCCCUCCGGCCCCGCGUCCGACAAGGAGAACUCCCCGAUGCCGGAGACGAGGUCGUCGAUGCCGGCCAUGCACCCCAGCAGGCUCAGCGCUACCAGCCUGGCGUCCCGCUCCCACGACCGCCCUCCGCUCGCGCACAAGGCGCGCCGCACCCUCGCGUCCGUCGCCUCCACGCCCACCGGCGCCCGCGGCCCCAACGCCCGCGCGUCUGCCGCCGCCGCUGCCGACUGGGUCGCCCGUCAGACCGGGUCGGACGCCGAGGGCGAGGACGACGCGGAGAAGACCUAUCCGCCUGCGUCGCGCGUGUUCGGCGGCGACGGAUCGGCGGGGGGGUGUUCCCCGCAGUCCCUGGGGGCCCCGACUCCGUUCCGAGGCAGCGGGGCGAUCGAGGUGGGGGGGUCUCUCGUGGACGCGUCGUCCACCUCGAUGGAGCAGUCCUCGGUCGCCGAGGAGGCGUCGCUGACGAGCAUGAGCAAGGGGGGGACUACUCCGACUCCCCCCGCUGACUCUGCCGCGGAGGCGGUGCGCAGGGCCCGGGAGGAGCUCGAAAGGGAGCGGGCCGCGCGCGUGCGCGUGGAGGGGCUCUUCGCGGACGCGCUCCGGCUGUCGGAGCACCUCCUGCGCACGAGCGGCGGCGCCGUUGGCGAGGUCGGCACCGGGGGGAGUCUGGAACUCCCCCGCAUGACGCACUACUCGCUCAAGUCGCCGUCGCCGACGCCCGCGGACGCGACGGCGCGCGGAGGCGCGCCGCCGAUGAACUGGAGCGGCGUCGGCGGCGAGGACGACGUGCGCGCGAGCGCCACGUGCAUGGCGAGCCCGGUGCCGCUCACCCCUGCGGCAGCGGGCUCGAUCAUCGACGCGCUGCGCCGCAGCCUGAGCAAGGAGAGGGAGGACGCGGACGGCGAGGAGGAGGGCGAGGAGGCUGCGGGGGACCUGGUGGAGAGCGACGCGGACUGCGUGAGCAGCAUCGCGUCCGAGGGCGGGGGUGACGGCGAAGACGACGGCGAGAGCGUCGGGGCGGCGAAGCAGCGCAGCAGCGACGGCACGGGGCUCGACACGUCCGGGUCCGACAUCUGGGGGUGUCCGGCGACGCCCCUGGGGGACAAGGCCAGUCCCCCGGUGGACGAAGAAGAACACCCCCCUGUGGGCGAGUCCGGCGAAGACGCGAGUGCGGGCCCCGAGGUCCAGCGGGACGUGCGAUCUCCGGAGCGCACCGCCGUCGCGCCGGCGCGCGGCGCCGCAACACGCACCCUCCGUGUGCCGAUUGCCCGCGCUAUGUUUGACCUGGCUGGCGCCGUGAUGCGCGCGGUGAGGGCGCUGAUCGCUGGCGGCGCGCUGGGGACGCAGUGGGGUCUGCUCGAGCACGCCGUCGCCAUGGGAGCGCGCCGCGUGCGGUCCCUGGGCGCAACAGGCGCCGGAGUCGCGGCGGUGAUUGGCUGGCUUGCGUGGCGGAUGCUGCGGGCGCGGGGCGCGGCCAAGCGGGCGCUUCUGCCGAUGUAG